AUGUCACAGUUUCCUGCCUUGUUGACUUCAAGUCUUGAGGUAUUACGCAAUGGCAGUCCACCAUCCAAACCCUCGACGUUCUCCCAGAAAAGGGCUAAUCAAUGGCGCAGAUGGUCUGAAGAUGUAAUUCCGUGCAUGAUAGUGCCCUAUCUAUCAUACAUUCAAGAGACUGUAUCGCUACAUCACACCAACAUGCCAGCAAUACGUCAUUGGACUGAUGGAGAGUAUGGAACUGGGGGCAGAACUCAUAGCAUCAAAGUUGCAUGCGUGUUUUUUGACGCUUUCGAGGAAAUCACCAUCAUUGCCUGCCCUUGUUUGCCUGCCCCACUUCAGCUUCUUCAUUGCAGAUUUUUUCCAUGUACGCCUGUGGCACCCUCCCUGGCAGUCGACUUACAACUUCUCGAGUUCGUCCACCUUCGUUUUCUUCAUCGGUCCCCCAACCAAACAGCGUGGUGUGAUGCGCUGGAGACCUUUCUGGAUGGAAUGAAAUAUAAGUUGAGGCUGAAGAAUAGCUUACAGUGUCGCUUCAGCAAUGCAUUCCACUGGUACCAGGUCUUGACUGUAUUGGCUCAGGACCACAUCUCUAUGCUCAUUGUUCGUUCCUGGAAAGAUGGCGCUCCCGUGGACCAACCUAGUGAUUAUCUCUGCUCACGGUGCCCACUCUGUUUUGGAGGAAACAAUUGGCGAAAUGGAACAAGAGAUUCCCUUCCUAUGCCAGAUGUUAUCGUUUGCAUUGACACGUGCUCACAGAAACGCUCUGCAAAUCCUCGUGGUGCUACUGGCAGUGAUCCUCCUAACCCGACACCAUCCUUCUUUCUACCGAUGGACAAUGUAAAAGCAAUGGAAGAUUUUGUUGAAAGGUGUCACGGAGACAGACAGCAAACAAGGACCUCGAGGGCGGAACCUGAUGAAGAUAGCUAUGAGGAGGGCAUGCGCAUACCAGUAUCUGUCUUGAACGGAUGUGGCGACUCCUUCAUUGCUGCAGACGAAAAGCGGGAGAAGGCAAGUACUCAUUUCUUUACCGAUACUGGCCUCAUGGCACUGGUUUGUAGACAUGACUGUGUCCUAUGGAUUGCGAACCUGACGUCUGCGGGAGAAAAGCAACAUUAUGUGCUUGCUCUCUUGGACCAGUUGUUCAAACACAUACCUACUCAGAUGACCAUUGGGCUUUUGUAUGACAUCGGAUGCCAGCUUGAACGGAGCUGUUGUAAGUGGAAUUUCUUGGAGGAUUCUACUCUAUCUUGCAUCACAUUUGCUGUUGCUGUGUUCCAUGCGUAUGGUCACCAGUGGCCGUGUCAGAUCGUCUACCACCCUAGGAAGCAAGAGGGAUUUGGCUUGUCUGAUGGUGACGGAUGCGAACAAUUAUGGAGUUUCCUCAAGCCUCUCAUCCCUUCCCUGCAUGUUUCAGGGUCUAAUCAGCAACUAUUCGUCCUCGAUACUCAAAUUUGCCACUUGGACUCGAAAUUGUUGCAAGGAUUUGGACACUGGCUCCAUUGGCAUUGGAUCCACUGUCAAUCAAAGAAGAAUGAUGUGCUGGACCAUUUACAUGAGUUGGAGUUGGAUGAGAAUAUGCUCCAUGUAGAGGGGAAGGCCCAGGUUGAUCACCAGAUGCGACCCACACCACGACAAUCUAGAAAUAAGGCAGCGGAGGUGAUCACCAUUAUCCUAGCACUAGAGAAGACACUACAAACUCAGGAGGCCUCCAUACGUGAACUUGAGAUGCAACUCCAUGCUGUCUCGGCACUUGGAAUGGAAGACAAAGUCAACUUGGAGAAGAUGAAGAAGGAUAUAUACCUUACAGUUCGCUUGAAUGCUUGCACAAUCAAAACUCACAUACGUGAUCGCCUUCAUCAGCAAAAGUUUGAAUUGGAGAGACUUGAGAGAUUGUACAGAGCCACAGUCAAUGAGCCUGGCAUCCUCAAAUUAAUCACUACCUACAAUGGUCUGUGUUCACAAAUACGGUCUCUUAUUCAACAGCGGCGAGCACCUCCUUCUGCUGUUCCCCCUCAUAUCAUCCCGCGUGAUGGCAUCUUUCAGCUCGACAUUGAUGACGACAUCUGGCAAGAUGUUGGGCUGGAUGACAAGGUCAGGAAUGAUAUCUGGUUGCAACUUGAAGUUGACCGGUGCAAUGAGGAGGAGGUUCAACUGAUGCAGGAGAGGGCCGUCCUUCAAGAAUGGAUGUUAGCGGAGUGGGACAGUACCCAAACUGCCUUGAAUAAAGCAGGUCUUGUGCAGAUGAACUUGUCAACAUCUGCGUCAUCUGGAGGAAAAAGGUCCAGUGUACGACAUCAUGGAUUCAUACCAUACAGUAUUCCGGUCAUCAUCUAUUUUUUCUUGGCAGGGGGACUGGACCGACAUCAUGGAUUCGUACUGUACAGCAUUCCGAUCAUUCUUGGUGGGGGUACUGGACCAUCAUCAUAG